GCUCCCGGAAGUGGGAGGUGUCUACUCCAGUUUGUGUGGCUGAGGCCGCGGGAACGCGAGCCGGUAAUUUUUUGACGGAGAAAGGCGAGGUUUUAGAGCUUGGCGGAGUGAGCGUGAGCGAUUGGAGCUCCUGCUGUUCUCGUCUUACUUGACAUCGGGCAUGGAGGAUGAGCGGAGCAAAGAGCCUGGCGGUGAGGCCGUGGCUCCCGCGCGGCAGGAGUCGCCACGGUCGGUGUCUGGGGAGGAGCCGCGGCAUCCGCACCCGGAGAAGAAGCAACGAUGUAGACUUGAUGGUCAAGAAACAAAAGGAUCCAAGUUCAUUACUUCCAAUUCAAGUGAUUUCAGUGACCCAGUUUACAAAGAGAUUGCUAUUACGAAUGGCUGCAUUAAUAGAAUGAGUAAGGAAGAACUCAGAGCUAAACUUUCAGAAUUCAAACUUGAAACCAGAGGAGUAAAGGAUGUACUAAAGAAGAGGCUGAAAAACUAUUACAAGAAGCAGAAGCUGAUGUUGAAAGAGGACAAUUGUGCUGGCAGUUACUAUGACUACAUUUGUAUUAUUGACUUUGAAGCCACUUGUGAAGAGGGUAACCCACCGGAGUUCUUACAUGAAAUAAUUGAAUUUCCUGUUGUUUUACUGAAUACUCAUACCUUAGAAAUAGAAGACACGUUUCAGCAGUAUGUGCGACCCGAGAUUCACACACAGCUUUCCGAUUUCUGCAUCAAUCUGACUGGAAUCACUCAGGAUCAGGUAGACAGAGCUGAUACCUUCCCUCAGGUACUGAAAAAAGCAAUUGACUGGAUGAAAGUGAAGGAAUUAGGAACAAAGUAUAAGUAUUGCAUAUUAACAGAUGGUUCGUGGGACAUGAGUAAGUUCCUGAACAUUCAGUGCCAGCUCAGCAGGCUCAAAUACCCUCCUUUUGCUAAAAAGUGGAUCAAUAUUCGGAAGUCAUACGGAAACUUUUACAAGGUUCCUAGAAGCCAAACCAAACUGACAAUAAUGCUUGAAAAACUGGGGAUGGAUUAUGACGGGCGGCCUCACAGCGGUCUGGACGACUCCAAGAACAUCGCCCGCAUAGCGGUGCGGAUGCUGCAGGACGGCUGCGAACUCCGAGUGAACGAGAAAAUGCAUGCGGGACAGCUGAUGAGCGUAUCCUCCUCGUUACCAAUAGAGGGCGCUCCACCUCCACAAAUGCCACAUUCUCGAAAAUAACAGCAGUUUUGCCUUGUUGCCCCUGGGUCAUUGACUGGAAUUGGUACAAAGAGGUAGCAGAUGAAUUCUUAUUGCAGUGCAAAAUUGAAGCACCUUAAACAUAAAGUCUUAUUAUAGCUCUAGAAACAUAUAUAUGAACAGAUUCUGUGGAGAAGGCAUAUUGAAUUGUCACCAGCACUUUUAUAUGAGCAGUAUUUGUUACACAUUAAUUGUUCCUGCUUCGAACUCAAGUUUUAUAAAUUAAGGUGUCCAAGAUGUGUUCCUUUGGUUUUAAAUGCAAAAGUCUAUUGACUCUCCUUUUGAAUGUCAUUUCUUAUUGGUGUUAGAAUAUAUAAUGUAUUUCUACAUUAAUAUCAUUAGAUCAAAAUUAUUUCUUAAAUACAGAAAGGAUUGGAAAGUGGACCUUAUCUAGGGUCCACCUUUGGGUUUUAAGAAUAUUAUAGGCCUAUUGAUUUUUGAAGUUUAUAUAUGAAGUUCAGCUGUAUGUUAAAUUUCAUAAAGUACUUGGUACAUAUAUCUCUCUCUGUUUCUUUUCAAUUCAUAAUUGGAAGACUUGGGAAGGUUGUAGGGCCUGGUUAAAAAUUCAGUACUGGCAGUAUUAACGGAAAAUCCAAAGACAACACCAUUUAAAGGGAUAUAAGGGCUGUACCUCAGAUUUUAUAAUAAUGCAGAUAAAUCAGUGAGGCUUGGGGGCCGGCUUUUUGAUUCCCUUCCUCCUUGUGACACAUAUCUGCCCUAGUUCUUAAACCUAAGAGACCAUGCUUUGAAAUAGACUUAAAAUUAAAAAUCACUCCUGAACUUUGCAUUUGUAUUCAACAUUGUGAGGUUAAUAAAAGUCAAAUAAUGCUUUCUACCCGAUCUUAUGUUUUUAUUACAUAGUGAGUGGCCAAUAAAUUGUUGACUAGUUAAUUCUUAACUAAUUCUAAAAAACAAAAAUGUGUUCACAGAGUUGAGAAAGUAAAACUCCUUAUUUAGAAGCUGAAAACACGUAUUUUCAGAAUUGAAUUUUCCCCUACAGCUUUUAUGAACAAUUUCCCUGACACUGCUUUUCCGUGAAACAAUUUCAUUCACCCUGUUUGCUUCUUUUCUUUUGCUUUCUGAUCAUAAUUGUGAUGCUACUUUAUUUCAAUUAUGCAUGUGUUAUAAUCAAAUGAAUUUUAUGGACGUUUUUGAACUCUGGUGCAUAGAGGAGAAGUAGUUAUUUUUCUCGCUAUGAGAACAUUCAGUGCUGUCGCCUUCUCACUUGAAAGAAUGCAUUUCUGCCCUUGGGCAGCAGUUGGAGAAUCAGCACAAUGAAGACUAACAAGUGGAUGACUGAAGGCACUGGGGUGGGGUAUGUGACGUCCUUAGACAGACUGGAAGGGGUUAGAGCAAAACAUCUAGGCGUUUCAGGUCUGUACAGACAACUUCAGGUUUGUACAGGGACUGUAUGCUGAGAUUUUUGUGAACCCAAGUAUCAGCAUAUAAUAUGCUUUACAGUAUUCCUGAAAGGGUAAAAGAAUUUCCUUCAAACCCUGACUGUGCCAGGGCAGAGGCGUAGAGGAGAGCAAAUCACUGUGGAAACCUAGAUGCCAGCAGGGCCGCCUGGCACACUCCUUGGGUGAUUUUUGCUCGCAGGCACAGCGCCACAGAAUUCAAGCUCUCGCCACGGCAGAACUGUAAUUAUCUCUCACCAGCUCCCAGAGUUGCUCAUCCGUAGCUGAAACUGCAAGAGGAGAACCUGAGAAUGGCAAAGAAAAGCUACAUUACCCUGCCCUUUUGUAGCGAAGGCCACAGUAAGCCGUGCCUGGCCCUGCCCACCUUUUCCCCAGGGGGCGGAUUUCUCUGAGGGCGCCCCUCCUGGUGCCACACUGCUCUGGCUGGCUGAGGAGGCGAUGUCACCAAAUGCCUCCUGUGCUUUCCUGUGUGCCUGCAGGGCGUUGGUGCUUCCUCGUUGUCCAGAGCUUCCCCUGUGUUAGGACAGCAUCACUCUCCCUACUUUUGUUGGUUUGCAGUUGUUUAUGUGUUGUCUUUGUUGUUUUCGUAGGGGAGUGAGCAUGAGAGCCUCCUAGCCCUUCAUCCCGCUGACCUCCCUCUCCUCUGAACUCACGUUUCGCUGCUCCGUGGAGUCUGCCCUCCCCUGGGUCUGGCACACCUCACGGCAGAUGGGCUUCUCCCGGGGUUGUGCUGAGACUGUGCAUCAGGCCUGCUCUCACGGGAGGCAGUAAACCUCAGGAAUUCGCUUUCUCCCUUCCGGUUUUCGUUGUGUCCCAUUGUCUUUAAGGCGUCCAGCGAUGCUGCUGCUUGCAAGCACAGUGCUGAUGAGUUAAAUGCCUUUCAGUGCUUCAGAGAAUCAAUAAUAUUAAUAAUUUAUUCUUGAUAAGGUUUUAUUUUGUAUUCAUAUUAUACUAUGUACUAUAAUGAUAUUAAUGUUUAUUAUUUAUUAUUUACCAAAAAUGCCUUUUGUAUUUUUAGUUAUUAGCUAUGUUAAUUUUUUUGCUUUCUACUCUUGACUUGUUCUGAUAAAUGGACAUGCUGGGUUUCUGUCGUGUUAUUUCAGACCCGCAGUCUUUAGAACCAGCUGAGGCGUACACCAGAGUACUGCGUUUUGUCUGUUUUCUUCUGUGUUCUUUUGGAUAAAAUACUUCAAAACAUUUGCUAUGAAGAAAUCUUUUUCUGAAAGUGUCUUUUUUUUUUUUUUUUUGGCUUAAAAAUAGACCUGUUUAAUCUGCCUUGUAGGGACAAGUUUCCACCUGGACUGAAAUGAAAAACCGUAGGAGCCACUAACAUGCUGUCUAUUAGAAGGGAUCUUGCACUGCUGAAGACCACUUUAUGGUUAUUUUUCAAAUGUGGGGUUGGCUGCCUUGUCCUGUUCAGUAUAUCGUCAUGACGGUUAUCCCCAGUGAUCACGCAAAACAGAGUAACUGGGAGCACAGGGAAAGCGCUGGUAGUGAAAUGGAGGACAGGAGGAAGUAGGGAGAUCGAGAAAACCCACCAUAUGUUCGGUGGUAUAGGCUGUAGGUAGGGUCACCAGAACGGCUGCCUGCCUCUUGCACGAGCAUGCCUCUGCCCUGCAAAAGACUGCUGGGAAAGGCUGUGUUUGGAAGGAAGGCUUUCACUGUCUACGCUCCUGUGGAGAAGCACAGGUUCCUUGAGAGCAGGGGCUGGGACUCUUUCCUCUUUGAUUCCAACAGUGUGUGAUUCCACAAAAAUGCCUUGCACAUAGUUUAGUGUCAAUAAAUGAAUGCCAGCCUUAAAUAGCCUUUUUAAAAGUUACACUUACAAGUUUCCUCUUUCUUCUUCUGCAUCACAAACCUGUAUUUCAAUUUCCUUGCCCUCGAGAAGCUUCCAGAGCCCAUAAACUUGGCAAACUACCUCCCAUGGGCCAAAUUGGGCCCGCUUACUGUUUUUGUAUGGCCUACGAACUAAGGAUGGUUUUACAUU